UCCGUUGCGCUCGAUUCCCAACGGUCGUCAAUAUCAGCAGUUCGAAUUCCAACCGCGGGGCAGGCAAAGUGGGAAAGCAAGCAAGGCAGCCGCAGUCCUCCCUCAAAUCCAUCCAACAAGCAGCCGCAUUUCUCCUCCGAAUCCACCACAAGUCUCCCCUUGUAGCUCGCUGAAGCUCUCGGAUUCAAUGGAAGGCGGGGAGACGCGGUGCCCCGGCAGCGACCACAUGGACUUUUCCUGGAACGCGGACGCGGAGAGGACGGCAGAUUGCGCCAGCCCCGACCGCGAGGAGGAGGAGCCGGCCCCGGCCCUUUCUCCGCUCGAGGUGGCGGAGUCCAUGAUCCUCGUGUCCGGGCCGCGCGUCGUCGCGUCCGGGCUGACGCUGGGCGACUGUCGUUCAGAUGACACUGUUCUGUUCAUUAAUGCUGGUGGCGGUGCAGUUGAAGGCUGGGACCCCUCUGUAAAAGUUUCUGGUGAUUCAUUCUUUGAAGGAGGGGAUGUGAUAGAAACGAAUGAGAGCAUAACUGAAUGUGGUGAUUGUCCCUCUCUUUACCACUCAGCACGUUACGGCAGUUUCAGCUACAAAUUCGACGGUCUUGCCCCAGGAGACUAUUUUCUAGAUCUGCAUUUUGCGGAGAUACUCUACACUUGCGGGCCAAAAGGAAUUAGUGCAUUUGAUGUCCUUGUACAAGAUGAAAAGAUAUUGUCUCAACUCGAUGUGUAUGCUGUGGUUGGAGGUAAUAGGCCCCUUCAAGUGCGUGAUAUUAGGGUUACUGUUGAGAUGAAUGGUGCUAUUAUGAUCAAUUUCAAAGGAGUAAAAGGAAGUCCCAUGGUUUGCGGGAUAUGUAUUCGAAAAGCACCGCCAUUAGCAGCAAACUCAGUUACAAAUGGGAAUAUCUUGUGCAAUAGAUGUUCAGCUGAUAUUGAUGUUUCAGCUAUACAGACUAGGACAAGCAAAUUGAUCUCGAAGUAUGAGAAACAGAUUGAGGAGCUAACCAGCCAGUGCACUAUGAAGUCCAAUGAGUGUUAUAUGGCAUGGUCGUCAGUAGACUCUACCAAUCUGGAGCUCGGCAGACUUAAAAUAGAGCUUCACCAAAAGGGCACUCAAAUGGAUAGUCUCGAACAAGCCCUCGGUAGAGAAAGCGACCAACUAAGAAAUGUUUCUCAGAAAUAUGAAAAUGACAAGAAAUUGUGGGCUGCUGCCAUAUCUAACUUGGAAAGGAAAAUCAAGGCCAUGAAACAAGAGCAGGCAUUGUUAUCUCUUGAAGCACAUGACUGUGCGAACUCAAUUCCGGAUUUGAGCAAGAUGAUUGGAGCAGUUCAGGCCCUAGUUGCACAGUGCGAAGAUCUAAAACUGAAGUACUAUGAAGAGAUGGCUAAGAGAAAGAAACUUCAUAAUAUUGUUCAGGAGACGAAAGGAAAUAUCAGGGUUUUUUGCCGGUGCCGACCCUUAAGCAAAGAUGAGUCCUCAUCAGGUCAGAAAUGUGUAGUGGAAUUUGAGGGAGCCAAUGACGGUGACAUUGCAAUUGCGAACCCUGGAACAAAUAAAAAGACAUUCAAGUUUGACAGAGUAUUCACACCAAAGGAUGAUCAAGCUGUUGUGUACGCCGAUGCAUCUCCGCUGGUCACAUCGGUCUUAGAUGGCUACAACGUAUGCAUCUUUGCCUACGGACAGACAGGAACAGGGAAGACCUUUACCAUGGAAGGGACUGAAAGGAAUAGGGGGGUAAAUUAUAGAACUCUGGAAGAGCUGUUCAAGAUUGCGGAGGAGAGGAAAGAAACUGUCACAUACAACUUAUCUGUUAGCGUUCUUGAGGUUUACAAUGAGCAAAUCAGAGACCUUCUUGCGACGUCCCCCUCGUCCAAAAAGCUGGAGAUCAAACAGGAUAGUGAAGGAUCCCAUCAUGUGCCUGGCAUAGUGGAGGCCAAAGUUGAGAACAUAAAGGAGGUUUGGGACGUCUUGCAAGCUGGAAGUAAUGCAAGGGCUGUAGGGUCAAACAAUGUGAAUGAGCACAGCAGUCGCUCGCACUGCAUGCUAUGCAUCAUGGUGAGAGCAAAGAACCUGAUGAGUGGAGAAUGUACAAGUAGUAAGCUUUGGCUCGUAGAUUUGGCUGGAAGUGAGCGCUUAGCCAAGACUGAUGUGCAAGGUGAAAGGCUUAAGGAAGCACAAAAUAUUAACAGGUCGCUUGCUGCAUUGGGUGAUGUCAUUUCAGCUCUUGCUACGAAAAGCAGCCAUAUACCGUACAGAAAUUCCAAGUUGACACACUUGCUGCAAGAUUCUUUAGGGGGGGACUCUAAAGCAUUAAUGUUUGUGCAAAUUAGUCCAUCCGACAAUGAUGUUUCAGAAACCUUGAGUUCAUUAAACUUCGCUAGCCGUGUUCGUCGUAUUGAAUUGGGGCCAGCAAAGAAGCAGGUCGAUACUGCCGAACUUCAAAAGACCAAACAGAUGCUUGAAAGAGCUAAGCAUGAAGCCAGACUUAAGGAUGAUUCUUUGAGAAAGCUAGAAGAAAACUUCCAGAAUUUAGAGACCAGAGCCAAAGGGAAAGAACAACUUUGCAAAAACUUGCAAGAAAAGGUAAAAGAGCUUGAAGGCCAGUUAGAUUCCAAGACACAUUCUCAAAUGAUAUCAGAGAAACAGCAGCGUCAGCUUUCUGGAAAACUAAAGGAGAAAGAAGAAAUGUGUACUACCCUUCAGCAGAAGAUAGUGGAGUUAGAGUACAAACUUAGACAGCCACACCAAUCAGACUCUGAGGUUGCAGUUCUUAAGAAAACGAUCAAAGAGCUGGAGCUCAAGUUGAAGGAACAGGAACACCAACGUUCAGUUGUGGAAUUAAAGAUCAAAGAGCUGGAGUUCAAGUUGAAGGAACAGGAACACCAGGGUUCAGUUGCAGAACUCAAGAUCAAAGAGCUGGAGCUCAAGUUGAAGGAACAAGAACACCAGCGAUCAGUUGCGGAACAUAAGGCAAGGGAAAUAGGAGAUGAACUCUUGGAAACACAGAGAACGGAGUCAAUGCUUCAGAAUAAGCUAAGAGAACUUGAAACCAACUUGCAAGAAAGGACCAAACUGCAGGAUACAAACAUCAUGAUGCUGGAUUCCGCCACCUCUACAAGAGUUUCUUCCACUCCUGGAGAGGCAAAGGUGCUGGCGUCUUCCAGAGAGGAAGCAAUGAGUGAGAAGGAGAAUCGCAUUCUGAGGAGCUCGAAUUCCCUCAACAAGCAGCCUGUCAGCGACAACUCUUCUCUUCCAGAAGUAGCAGUCAAUGAGAAGAAGAGAAAGGGGGAUGCAAGGAGUGCAUCGAUUGGUGGUGAACAAGAGAACAGCCUUGCAGCGGGUCAGAAUGCUGCCAGGAAGAGAAGCUUGCCAAGUGAGCCAAGGGCCAAGAGGAAAUCAACGGAACCUCAGGCAAAGAAUCUAGGAAGGUCAACAGCGUCAUCACGGGCCGCCGCUACUACACACAAGAUGGCUCCUAGUUCCAGAGCCCCCAGGCAGCAACCGGGCGGGAACAAGACAAGAGGAUGGGUUAGGUAGAACUCUUGUCUUUUGUGCUCGUGCUCUUGUGGUAGCUGUAGAUGGCAUUGUGAAAACUCCGGAUACAACUUGUGUUGGGAUGUAAAGGCUCAACUUUUAGCUGAGCCAUGCUGCAUCCUUGCAGUGAAUGUAAGUGCAGCCUAUUAGGAGUAUAUUACUGGUACGUUUUGCAGAUUCAACAGGUGUAAGAUCACUUUCUGGAGCGAGUGAUCUUAUACUGUUGAGUUAUUAUCUCUGAUCCUAAUGUGCUGUGGUGUUUUUGUCACUGUGCUGCACUCACCGAGCACCAGUCUUGAGAUUAACAAGUUGUCGCAUGUUUGCUGGGUUAGACGAACGGCUUAAUGCUAAAUAGCCUUGACGAAGCUGCCUUGUAAUUUG